CUAAAGGAAAUCCUGGAACGAAGCACGGUCGCUGGUUGACUGUGGAAUUCGAGGAAAACCAGUGGUCGCAAUCGGCACGGUGGACUGCUCGGUGCCUAGUGCAGUCCCCGCCCUGCGAGUCAGCGAUGAGGAUAUGACUUCGCUCUUCAAGUGUGCCUGUCCGAAACCCGUCUCCGCCAGCGCCCGAUUCAAGUCCGCCGAACCGGCGCACCGAUGAGCCAAGACGCGUCGAAUGACUUCCUCGGGUAAGCGUGAGCCAUGCGUCGAACGCUCGAGCGGCCUCCGUUGGGAGGCGACCUGGAGACCUGUAUGGUGGCCAGCGCUCGAUCGCGUGGUGCUCGCGGACGCGGGCAAGCGAGUGACCUGCCUUCGUUCCCGGAAGAGGAGGGCGAGGAGGUCGAAACCCGACAAAGCAGUACCCACAGCUUGGGACGGCCCGGGCUCUCUGGGUAUUCCAUGCGUGCAAGACGGCACCUUAAGCAACCUGUGGUAUUGGAGCUCCAGAAGCCCUGUGUUCGAAUGAAAGACCCUGAGCGUGUUGAAGAACUUGUCUGCAAAUUGAUUAAAGGUGGCCCGAAGAAACUCCAGGUUGUUACAGAUUUCGACAACACAAUUUCGAGGUCACAUUUCAAUGGAAAACCUUGCUGUUCAACACAUGGAGUUCUUGAAUCCAGUCAAAUCAUCGCCAAGGAGUACCAACUAGAGGCACAGAAAUUGCACAACAAGUACUACCCAAUCGAAAUUGAUCCUCAUAUUUCAACAGAGGAGAAAAUACCGCAAAUGGUGGAAUGGUACUCGCGGUCACAUGCCAUUUUAGUCAGCUGUGGCAUGAAAAAGCAUGAUUUUGCUAAGCUUGUGGCAGACUCAUCGAUUAUGUUGAGGGAUGGCUGCGAGUCAUUUUUUGAGAUGCUACACGAGCACCAGAUACCCACUCUGGUAUUUUCUGCUGGCCUUGGUGACAUCUUGGAAGAAGCAUUGAGGCACUUCCAGUGCCACUUUCCCAACCUGAAGUUCAUCUCUAAUUACAUGCAGUUUGACGAAGAGGGCAACAUCGUUGGCUUUAAGGGUGAGCUGAUUCACAUGUACAACAAGAACCGGUCAAAUGUGCAUCCUGAAUACUACCAGGCAGUGAAGGAGAGGACCAACAUCCUUCUCUUAGGAGACUCUCUUGGUGACCUUGACAUGCUUGCUGGUAACCAGCUACAGGAAGUGGUUCUUCGCAUUGGCUUCCUUAACAGCAGGAUCGAAGAACGCCUUCCACAAUAUUUAAAUAGUUUCGACAUUGUACUUCUCGACGAUCAAACAAUGGAUGUUGUAAAUGGAAUACUAAGAAAAAUUAUCUACUAGCGCAAUAGCUCCGGAGAAGAUCAAGAGAGCUGCAAAGGGCUGCUACUCUGUUCUCAGCGUGGUGUCAGGCAAAGGGAAAGUGCUUAUGAAGAGGCUUCAACAGCAGAACAUGAAACAAGUUUGAAAGAUGCGUGCGACAAUAAUUCAACCAACACGGGCAUCGUCAUCUGUGGUAGCUGCUGCCAGCACAGUGCAUGUGAACCAUGCAUUGCACCUGUGGUGAAAAGCUGUAAACAUUAAUGGUCACACUGUGUGGCAGAACUCUCUGCUGUAACUCUUCCACACCAUGUUUCCGUUUCAUAACUUGAUUUGUCAUCACAUUUUUGCAAGCUGCCCUUGUGAAUUUAAAUGACAAGAGGUACAGUCUAUGCUUGAACUCUUAACACCACAUUUAAUUUAGUUUCGUAAUUUUUUUAGAACUUGCAAAUUAUUUGCUUAGUCUCUGUAAGCCUGAUGAGACCUUUCCAUCCCUCCUUUAUUUUAUUAGCUUUUUAAGUGCGUUGGCAGUCUAGUCCCACAUUUUCUGAGCUUGCAUCAAACUUUCUAAUGGGCAUCCUGUGAGCAUGGUGUUGCUUCUGAUCCUUUUUAAAUCUCUUGGGCUACUUACAUCUUUUAGUAUUCAUACCACAUAUUUCUUUGCUAUAAUGGUGCUCCUUUAUGACAUCCUAUACUUUAUAUUAUGUUGCAAGGCAGAAAUCUGGUGGAGCUGCAUUGUCCACUGUCUGCCGCUACAGCAGGGAAACUUGUGGAUGCAAGUGCUAGCAAGUCUUGGUGUGUGUUAUUGUGCUUUUAUAGUAGGCACGCACAAAGUUUGUCUGUCCUUUUUCAUGCACAAGUGCUGGGUUUGAUUAAGGUUGUUUUGGUGCAAGGUGGUAUUUUGUGCACCAUACAUUUUAGAGAGUGUUAGAGAGUGUUUUACAAACUCGGAAUAUUUUUUAUUCCACCGGUUUUUAUUGUGUGGUCAAGUGUUUUAAAUAUUAAAAUAUCUAAAAGGAGCUUCAUAUCAGCUACAGCAUUGACAGCUUUCUGUGUGCCUGAGCCUUGGUACUGUACAUUCACAUGUAUGUGUUCAUGUGCAGUCAUUUACCUUUGGGUCGUAGUCUCUUGCAAGACCAGGUUCCUGCAUGUUCUGCAGUGUGGCAACACUGCAGAACAAUGAAAAGACCACCUGCGGAGACCUCGCUGAAAAAGCCAAAGUUGUCCUCUUUAUAGAUUAUGAGCCGCAUAGGAUAAAGCCCAAUCAAUCGCACAGUGUACGACCAUGGUUGUCUGACUUCACUGUGAAGAGUGGAAAGUAUGGAAAGCAGGUUAUUCACAUUGUUCUACUGCACCUUCAUGACCUGUCAUGUCAAGCUUAUGCUGGAGCACACUCCUAGAAUGAAAAAUGAUAUCAGUCUGUAUUGGGCGAUAUGGAGCUACAGCGUUUUGCUGGUUAUGUCUACCAUGCACUUUUUGUUUAGUGCUAUGGCAAUACAACCUUGGACACACUUCAGCCUGCUUGGUGUCCAAGGCACAUGCUGUAUGACUGUAAUGAUGAGCCUGACAGCACAUUAUUUAGAAGCUGUUAAUGUUGUACUGACUGCUGUUAUCGAACCCUUCUCUCUCUCUCUCUCCCACUUUUUUUUUUUUUUCUGCAUUGCAAAAUGUUGCUUCAUCUUUGUUCUGUGUUGCAGCACAGUCGACAGGUACCAUUGGCACGCUACACUCAGACAAACGCACACCCUUUGGUGUGUAUAUCUGCCACGCAACAAUAAUCGUCAUCUGCCUUGCUUGCGUUUCCCUUCUUGAAAACGCCGCGUCCGCUACUUUCCUGUCGUGCAUGCUAUGUCAUGCUGAUAACGCACAUGCCGUUCGUUAUUAGAAAGUACCGGGCUCGGAGCGUUAAAAGAAAGGAAAUGCGGACGAGACAGAUGAUGUUUAUUGUUGUGUGGCAAGAUACAACCCAAAGGGUGUAAUUUUGUUUUAGAGUGUAAUGUACUGCUUACUAGCAUGUCCAUUUCUGAUUGCUCUUUUCUUGUCUUACACAACUGUGUUACAUCGCCUUUGCGAAUGUUUUAAAGGCUUUGACAACUGAAGUUAAGGUCAGUGUUUUUAAAGCUAAUUGGAAAAUGCCAUACAAGUAUGUAGCAAUUUCAGUGAAAUCUUUUGAUGGAGUUCUUCAAUCUGUCAAGCAUUUUGAAAACUAUGACCGAGUGUGACAGCAAUGGAGCACCAAAAUACUGUGACAAGCUGUGCCCACUGCAUCUGGAGUGCAAAUGAACCUGGCGACACUGGUCAUGACAUAUGUGCCAUGUCGCACUGAUCUCGUAGUUUUAUCCAGCCGUCGCAUGAUGGCAAUGCCACACAUAAAGAAAGGAAUAAAGUGGUAAUAGAAGAGAAAUAUUUUUGUGGUUAAAAAUGUAAUGCGUAUUACUACAGCUGAGCCACCUAGAAUGUGCAACUAGGUGGCAUUCAAAUAUUGAAAGCUUGCACUGAAAGUUUCAUGCAAGCUUAUAAAAUUACCAUUUUUGUUAACCAUUUAUGUUAUGACAGGCUCUGUCAAAAAUUGAAAGAUGUUAAUUUGAAACCCAAAUUGCUGAGCCAUACUGAUUGUUUGUUGAUUCAUUUAGUUUUGCACCAAUUGAUUUGCACUGAUGCUGCAAGUGCUGCACAAUUUAGGCAUUUGCCAAGUAAUUCGUCUUGUGUGCUGAAGCAGCGACCUUUUUACUCUGUCCUCAAUGAAGCUUUUUCAAGGCUUGGUCAAGCUUGUAGGCUCUGAAAGCUUGUUGCUUGUGAAAGGUGUGGCUUACCUGUUAAAAUCUAAUGUGAAUUUAGGAUAGCACAAGAACUAGUAACUUAGCACAAAAAAAAUUUAGUGUUCCUUGCAGCGAUACUACUCGAAGAACACAAGGUAGAUUAGCUCAAUGCUUAAAAGCCACGCACUGCCUAUAGAUCAUAAUCUGUGUGCAGUUUUGCUUUGUACACACUGCUGAGGCUUGUGCCAAGUCAGCAGCUUUAAAUUUGUAUCUUAAGAAUUUUAUGUGACUUUUAUGCUCGCGAUGUUUUUUAAAGGACAAAAGGUUCAUUCACGUGUUGGUUUGUCUGCAUAUUUUAAUUUUUCAUUUGUUCCCAGUAGCAGCUUUACAUUUAUGUAUGAGUAGUUAUCCCAACAAUGCGCACAUGCAUCUGUCCACACAAGGUUGAGGUUACCAUACUUGUGAAUACUGUCACAAGCAGAUUUGAGUGCUGUGCUAGUUUGUUUUGCCUGCAUGUCUCAAUUUUUACAUUUGUUCCCCGUAGCAGCUUUCAAUUUCUGUAUGCAUAACUAUUACAACGCACAGGUGCAUCUGCCCACACAAGGUUGAGAUUAAGGCACUAGUGAAUACUGUCAUGCGCACAUUUUAGUGCUGUGCUAGCUUGUUGGUUAGGUUGGUUGCAUUGGCUGGGAAAUGACUGAUGUCACUUUCACUAAUUCUUUUUGUCUAGCAGAACUUGUGCUGGGCUAGUUUGCACGUCUCAAUUACAGUGUGAAUAGUGCAGACACAGCUUCAUUUGACUCUUUCUUUAAGUACACUAAAUGUGCAUGUGCUUGCGCCGUUCAUGCUGUAAUUUUUUUAUUAUUGCAAAAGCUUUGUUCCAAGAAAUGUGCACUUCGAAAACAACAGACAAUAAAGAAUGGUCAUAAUGAAUGAACAAAA